CUUUGUAGUAAUAAAAUAUAACUUUGUCACGGUACCUUUAUUGUAAUUACUCAGCAUCUGAAUUCACUUUUUGCUUUAAAUGGAGCAAAGCUGCAAUUUUUAUUAUGUGAAAGUUCGUUAAAACUAUUUUGGAUUUGAAAACAACAAAACUAUUCCUUACGUUUGUGUUAACUGGGCUUACUAAAACCACUUUGUGGAUCAAAGUGAUAUCGAUGCUACACACUCCAGUGUGGCGGUAAUGCACCAAAAGCUGGUUUGCCAACCGCCAUAAAACCUCCGAAGAAGUUGUACUAAUAGGAAGAAAGUAACGUUACUGAGAGAGACGCAAAUCUGACACUAGAGUCAUGGCAACAAAAACAACUGAAGUGACAGCUCUAGGAAGACCUCUGUUUCCUGGGAUGCUUUACGACUGCCGCACAGAUGCCUUCAUUCCAGGUGUUACUCUGUGGGAUAAAAAAUCAUUAAAUGAAGAUUUGGACACUCACACAAAGGAUCAAACUUAUUUAAAGUUUAGUAGCUCUGACUGUUUCUCUGAUAAGUCCAGUCUUCUGAAUAUAAGUGCUUCUCUGAAGGCCAGCUUCAUGAGUGGACUGGUGGAGGUGGGGGGAUCUGCCAAGUAUCUGCAUGACACCAAAUCCUCAAACCAACAGUCCAGAGUAACAAUGUAUUACAGUGAAACCACAAGAUUUGAACAGCUCACUAUGACCCACCUUAGCAAAUUCACCUACCCUCAGGUGUUUGACCAGAAAACUGCAACUCAUGUGGUCACAGCUGUACUGUACGGAGCUCAAGCCUUCCUGGUGUUUGACCGGACACUUUCAGAGGAUGAAGACAAGCAAGAGAUCGAGCGAAAAUUAAGUAUCAUGGUGAAGAAAAUCCCAGCAUUUUCCAUUAAGGGAAACGGAAGUGUAGAAUUGUCAGAGGCUGAGAAGAAGAUAGCCGAGAAUAUCAGCUGCAAGUUUCAUGGUGACUUUCAUCUUGAGCAGAAACCCACCACAUACAUGGAAGCCCUGCAGGUGUACAAGCAGCUCCCCAAUCUGCUGAAGGACAAUCCACAGAAUGUGAUUCCAGUAAAAGUCUGGCUGUAUCCUCUUCAUCUGUUAGACACGCAGGCCGCUCGGCUGGUGAGAGAUGUCAGUACAAGCCUGGUGUCCUACACUGAAGCUGUAAUGGAGGAUCUGGAAGAGGUGGAGAGGAGAUGCAGUGACCUGCUAAGAAUAAAAAAGGUCAAUAUUUUCCGUGACAUUAAAGAGAGGCUGACCUCAUUUCAGAGUUCAUUGAGAAGUUACAAGACAGUGUUUCAGAAAGCACUGUGCAAAGUCUUGCCUGCUAUUCGAGGUGGAGAGAUGGAGGAGCACACACUGGAGGACAUCAUGAAGAUUCACGAAACCUCUCCUUUUAGUGCCAGCACACAGUGGUUAGAUGACGCAAAGUCUGAACUUGACCUCUUGAGUUCCUACACCAAAUCUCUGAAGGGGAUCAAAGCUGUAGAUGCACAUGAUCUGAGCACCAUUCGCCUUAAUCCUGAUAUUGAUGUCGUGGUGUGCUUCACCUUCACGUCACUGAGGCAUGAAGGCCAAUAUCUUUCAACCCUAAAAGAGUUCCUGCAAUCUGAUGAGUUUAAGACGCUUGAAGGGGAGAAAACUCUGUAUUCGGUGGAAUCUGAUCAAAAGUGGUUUAAGGAUCCAGAUGUCAUCACAAGGACGAGAGAGACCUUUUCCCUCUUCAAAAGCUUCUCUGAGGCCAAUAAAGAUGAUGAGAAAAUAUGCUUCAUUAUUUCUGCCAUCUCCGAUUCCACCAUUCCAGGCUCCUCCAUCUAUCUGUAUGAACAAGGCAAACUGACAGACAAACGGUUUCAGCCUGUGACCAAGCCACCCGCACCCAAAGUGAAGAGCAUCCAGGGAAACUCUGUGUCCCUGAAACUGCAGGAUUCCCCGACUUUAGAAACAGUGAAAUACAGAGUGGAGUACAGAGAGGUAAAACCAGAUGAGAAGGAAGAGUGGAUUUUCACAAACACAUCUCAUGAAGACUUUACUCUGCCUGGACUGGAGUCGAAGAAGCAGUAAGUGAUCCGUUACAGGACAGUGGGUAAAGUGGGAGUGAGUGAAGCCAGCGAUACUGUCUCUGCUGAAUUACCUUCAACUCCACCUGUGUUGGUGGGUGGGACUGGAGGUGAUGCAUUCUCUGUUAACUUUACGUCCACCAUUCAGAAGAUUCACAUUACUUAUGACAGGCUUGAGCGCCUCCACACAAUUCAGGUGACUUUAAACGAUGGAAAGUUGUUUGAACGCGGUACAGUUAAAGGACGGAUACAAGCUGACUUGAUGUUUCACAAAGACGAUAAAAUCAUCGCUGCAACGCUGUGGCCAAAUAUGGCGUAUGACAGAGCCGGAGGUUUGGAAUUAGUGGUUGAGAAAAGCAAUGGUAAAAGAAGAAAAUUCUCUGUCAAGUGUCAACUGCUUGGUCAGCCUGUGAGUCUUGAUGUGAAGUCAGGAAAUCUUUGCGGCAUUACAGGGAGAAGUGGCUGGCAUCUUGACGCUCUGGGCUUGUGCUUUAUUUAAAUGCAUCAAGCUCUGUUGCUGACAGUAUCCAAAUGACAAAAACAGAUCUUUAAUAUGCUGAUGGAUAUAGGAUCUUAAAAGGUUUCCUAAAAGCAAACUGUGUGUGUUAUCUGAGAAAUGAAUGCGAUUCUGAUUCGAGUUUUCUUAUAGUUUUAUUUACUGACAUUUCUUUAUACAUGUUUUGUAUUUUAUUAAAUAUUCAUUAUAUUUGUAUAUUAUAUUCACAUUACAGUAUAUUCAUUAUCAUUUAUAAUGAUAUUCAUUCCAUGUGAAGCAGAUAUUUUCCACUGUCUUUGCCUCAUAUAAUAAAUCUGUAUCUAUAGUCAGAUGACGCACAAUGGAGAUUAUUCAAUAAUCUCUUAUUUUAUUCUAUUGCGUCGUCUGUAUUCUAUCACUUCUCUGUAUCUGCCUCUUAUAUCACUAUUGGAUUUUAGAAAUGUACAUCUACAAAGCUUUCAUUAAAAUGUUAUAGGUGGUGCCAUCAAACCAUUUUGCCACACUUUAUUAUUUAUUUGAUAAGAUAUUUAUUCUUUAUUUGAUAAGAUAUUUGCCACUUCUGACGUGGGUGCAAACUUUCAUGAGCUUCUGAGCAUGUUUUAGCCCUACAAAACAUGGUUCAUUUGGAGACAAUAACAAUCAGAGCUGUUCCUAAAGGGACCCUUGCAACAUCUCUGCUUGAGCCCUAAAUGAUAAAAUAAAGAUUUUUUGGCACAGUUACAGGUACGUUUGCAAGGUUCAACAUGUGUUUUUUAAAUACAAUCAAUAUCAGCAGUAUGCAAAGUGACGCACGUUUGGUUUUCAACCAUUGAAAAUAGGUACAGUUCUACAAUUUGUACUUGUUGCCUUAUUUAGAUCCCCAUAUAUCUGGGAUUGUACCAUAAAGGGCCUUUAAGACAUUAAGAUAUUUUAAACACUUCUAGAGUUAUGCAAACUUUGGAAAAGAGAACACAAAGUACUUUUUCUCAUUUUCAAAUACAAUGUCAUUCAAAGUUACCAAAUUCAAGCUAUAGAUGCUACUAAUAGUAAUUUACUGCUGUACUGUGUUUUCCCAGAUCAAUAA